UAAUUGAAGUGGAUAAGAAGUUUGAUGAAAUAAAACUAUUGACUGACGGGUUUAAACUGGUGAAGGCCAUACAUGAUAUCUUCAUAUGCCUAAGUAAAGAAGUCCAUUUCGAAGAAACAAAAGUAAGGCAACUUCAAGUCGCUGGCCUCAAAUUGCAAGUCUUACAAAUGAGUAAUCCCAAAGGGUAUGUGAUAAUAUUAAAACAAGAAAAACUCCUUGAUGUGUUAGCUACAGUUGAAAGAAUAAAGGAUCUUAUCAGGGUGUUGGCUAAUGUGUGA